AGCCGCUGCACAGCUUCCUCACAUCUUACGGUCGUCGAAACGAUUCGAAACUCUGUUCUACUUGUACUCCAAUAGUCCGGUGCCCGCUACGCAGUGAUAGACCGUCAGCAGCUCUUACUGGACCUCCUGAAUCUUUUGGAGAAGCUAUUUCUCAUUUAGACGUCAUGGUGCGGUUGAGCAGUCGAGCCGUCUUUCCAGACGCCGUCGAGCUGCCUACAUUGCGCGUCGCACUUGGCGAACGUUUUGCCGACAAGCUCUGGGCCCUCCCGGAGGCGCAGGCACUAGUACAAAAGGCAAAAGAGACGGUCUUCAUCAAUGGCAUCAAGUGCAACACCUUAGACCCCUUGUACUACGGUAUCUACAACCUGCAGGACUGCAUGUACCUGGCCAGUGCUACGGACAACUUUAAUAAAAUCCAGGACAACCCCAAUAACAGCGUGAUCCUCAAGCAGUACUAUCAGGGCAAGGUCCAAAGCUACACCGCAUUAACAAAGGACACGUAUAGCGCUUGGCACAUCAACGAGGCUGUGGACGAACAGUACGGUGCUAUAAGGCUAAGCCCCGCAGCACGUGAUUACAUCGCCUUCGAGAAAUCUGUAGUCACAAAUGACGCCGACAAACCCAUCUACUUUGCCCUGGCCAACUACCCUUGCUACCGCCUGUGGCCCGAGAUGUGCGAGUACCUGAUACAGGAGCUAGCCGGCACCCCUACCGUGUACCAGACAUGGAUAGAUUAUAACAAGGACUUCAGAAGCGCAGAGAAGCUGGCCAACCUUUUGGAGUCCCAGUGUUCCGACUUCGAGUGGGAACGUGCGAAAGAAGUGUUCCUUGAGGCGCUUAAUUUUGAGGUGAAAUUCUUCAACGAAUUCAUGAAUGAUUUUUAAAUUGUGGAGCUUGCCUCCAUCAUUGAGCAACUACUGCGGAAUUUUCCGUUGAUCGUGGAAACGAAGGCUUGCGGCUGUUGCCAUCAGCCAAGCGCGCGAUGCGUGACAUUUGGCGCCGUUUUCCGGCGGCCUCUCCAGAUGGCAGUUAGCUGGUAGGUCUUGAAUGGAGCUCCAUAUUGUUAUCUUCAAUUCAUUUCUUAUGUCGGACGCCCUGUGUCGCCUAGAGAUCUGGUCGCUUUUGCUGUUGCGGGUCGGUGCGCUGGUCGCUGUCACCUUACGUGUGUGCGCUAGAGUGCGCUUUACAUGAGCGCAGGGAGUCCCCCGCUGCCCAUACAAGUCCAGGGGCUUUUCCAAUGCUCGUACGUUCCGUUGGCACUGUGUCGAACGAAAUCAUACUUUGCAUAGAUCCGAUUUAUUAAGUUUAUUCCAUGCCGGCAUUCGACCUGCCUCCGCGGCGGGCUGCUGAACUCGAGACGACUGCUUCUUCUGUCCAUAGCUGUCUGAAACUAGUAGCAUUCCAUUGUAAGGACUCCUGCCAUUCUC